GUCAAAGUCAGCUGAUCAAACAAACCACAAGAAUUGAGUAUUUACAACAAUGGACAAGAAAAAUGGGGCUAUUUUCCAUCCAAUUAUCAGUUCCAUUCAAAAAAUGGCAUUAUAUGAAACAAAAUCUAAAUUUUAUUUAGUGGGUUCAAACAACACACAAACCAGAUUCAGAGUUAUAAAAAUAGACCGAAUGGAACCCAGAGACCUGAUAAUCUACGACGACAAAGUAGAGUACACAACAGAAGAAAUUAAAGAUUUAGUCAACAUGAUCGAUUCAGGAAACAGGGGCAGAUCAAUAAACAGUGGUUGUUCCAAAGUUAUAUCAGCUUUUGGCAUUGUGGGUUUCAUUAGAUUUCUGGAGGGUUAUUAUAUAAUUUUAAUAACAAAACGACGGAAAGUUGCCGCCAUCGGACACCACACAAUAUAUAAAAUUCAAGACACACACAUGAUUUACAUUCCUCAUGAAUCUAUUAGAAAUAUACAUCCCGAUGAGCCAAGAUAUGUUAAAAUGUUUCAAAAUAUCGAUCUUGCAAGUAAUUUUUACUUCUCAUACAGUUAUGAUAUCACUCAUACUUUACAAUAUAAUUUAUCUCAUCCAAGACAGUUUCUACCAAACACGCAGCAGACUUCUGAGUAUGUUUUACCUGACAAUGUGGAUCUUCUGACCACUUCCAUUGUGUCAAAUGAUGAAUCAGAAAAUAAUUAUGGUAUAAGAAGUCACCCACACAAUAAAUUUGUUUGGAACAAACACCUGUUGCAAGAAGCAAUCAAUGCCGAAUUGCAUCCAGAUUGGAUUUUAUACAUAACUCAUGGAUUCAUUGGACAGUCCAACAUAAGUGUUUUUGGAAGAUCACUGUAUGUUACUUUGAUAGCCAGAAGGUCCAGUAAAUAUGCUGGAACAAGAUUUCUGAAGAGAGGUGCAAAUUUGCAAGGUGAUGUUGCUAAUGAAGUAGAAACGGAACAAAUGGUGCACGAUUCGGGCGUUUCCUCCUUCACGAAAAGCCACUUUACCUCAUUUGUACAAAUGAGAGGCUCAAUUCCAGGACAUUGGAAACAAGAAAUGGGUAAAAUGGUCGCCAAACCAGCCAUAACUAUCGACUUUUACGACCCUUUCGCCGAAACUGCGGGCGCCCACUUCAACGAACUUCUCAAAAGAUAUGGAGCUCCAAUAAUUAUUCUCAACCUGGUGAAACAAAGGGAGAGGAAGAAACAGGAAGGAUUGUUGUCUGAUGAAUUGAGCACAGCUAUUAAGUAUUUGAACCAGUUUCUGCCUGUAGAGCAUCAGAUUAUUUACAAGCCCUUUGAUAUGGCCAGAAAAAAUAAAGGUACGGCGAAUGUCAUGGGACAAUUGGCGGACAUAGCAAGAAACGCGGUGAUGAAAAUCGGCAUUUUCCACAACCAACCACGAUAUUACAGUCAGAAGCCCAAUACCAUUGUUGGUCAAUACAAAAACGACUUUGGCAGCUACCAAACUGGAAUAAUCAGAACGAACUGCGUAGAUUGCCUUGAUAGAACGAAUACGGCGCAAUUUGCCAUCGGAAAGUGCGUUCUGGGCUUCCAACUUUGUGCCUUAGGUAUUCUGGACACUCCGAAUUUGGAAUUCGACACAGACUGUGUCAGAAUGUUGGAGAGUUUGUACGAGGAUCACGGUGAUACUUUGGCACUACAAUAUGGUGGUUCCCAACUAGUUCAUCGUAUUAAAACUUACCGUAAAACUGCUCCUUGGACCUCACAGGGAAACGAUAUAAUGCAAACUUUGAGCAGGUAUUACAGCAACACGUUUUCUGAUGCUGAGAAGCAGAAUACCAUCAAUUUGUUCCUUGGUCUGUUUAAACCUGAGGAACACAAGCCGCAAAUAUGGGAAUAUACAAACGACUACUACUUCCACCACACACCAAAUAUGUACUCAGAAAAAUCUCUAACUCAAUGGUGGGAUUCGGGAGUAUUAAAAUGUCUUCCCUACGCUUACAAUGAUUUAACUAAAGCCUGCUCCGAAAUCAUUCAACUACAUUCCCAAGAUUUGGAAAUGAUAGACUCGUACUUUGAUUAUUAUAGGCCGUACGAACUUUGCCUUCUUAGCGACGUUUAUGCGACAACAGUUAGUAAUUCAAUCAGAGAUUUCAUGCCGAGUUUUACCACGAAUUAUAGUCCAUUCUCGUUGAGAAUCAGACCGGUUCGUAGGCGAGAAGACACUUCAAACAAAAACGCCAUGAAGAAUCCUUCAGUUACUGGCCAGAGUUCCACCAGUUCUGCGGCAUCUAGUACAAGCAAUAGUUCUGAUGAUGAAGACUCGUGCGAUGACGAAAGUUUAUACACAAGUCAGUCGCAGUUGACUUCGAAGGAAUGCACGCCUGAACCUGUUACCUUCACAACUUUGUUUCCAACUAUGAAGGUUGUGUAUGGAACUGAAUUGAAGGAUCCUAAACAAUCUGAUGUUUUGAUGUACAAAAAGUUCGUUUUAAUCGGAAAAAAGGCGAAUGGUACCGCUACUAAUAGCUUCACACCAAUUUCGAUAGUUUUGAAAACCAGCAGCGAUUUUAAACAAGAUACUAGCUUCGAAGUUAAACCUGUGACUGUAUCGGAAAAUGCUAUUGAAGUUUAUAAUAAAUAUAUAACAUUAGGAAAGACUGGGGGCUUCCCACCUUCGAAAAGCGACAUGGAGAUAUAUAAAAAAUACGCUAGUUUCAGUUAGAUGUUUAUACUUUUUGUUAACUGUGAUAUAUAUUUAAAUAAAUUAUGUUUAUAUAUUA